CCAUGGCAACAGCAAAUAUGCUAUCAUCUCUUUUCCCUUUAUUCUCACUCGUAUGCUUCAUCUCAAUCUUUUGCCUUCUCUCUCUUUCUAAAAAAGCCUCCAUUUCUUCUUCUUCCCCAACGUAUCCCCACUUCCAUCUAGUAAAACCCACCAUGGUCACCGGUAACAUCGAGCCCAAUGCCACCUCCGGUUCUAACCCUUAUACGUCGAGCAGCUCUUCAUGCGAUUACUCUGACGGGUCGUGGAUCCACGACCCGGAUGUGAGAUUUGAUCGAUAUGACAGUAGCUGCAAGGAAAUAUUCAAAGGAUGGAAUUGCAUUCUGAACAAAAAAUCAAACGGUCGAGAUAUCGUUAAGUGGCGAUGGAAACCUCGUAACUGCCAUCUCCCGCCCUUCGAUCCUCUCAAGUUUCUUCACACUUACAGGGAUACUAAUAUCGGGUUUGUUGGUGAUUCCCUAAACAGAAACAUGUUUGUUUCUUUGUUUUGCGCUCUGAGACGUGUGGCCGGUGAUGUGAAGAAAUGGCGUCCGUCUGGAGCUGAUCGUGGCUUUACUUUUCUUCACUAUAAUCUUACCAUUGCAUAUCAUCGAACUAAUCUUUUGGCACGCUAUGGUAGCUGGUCAGCUAAUAGUAAUGGUGGCAAGUUGGAAGAUCUUGGAUAUAAAGAGGGUUAUAGAGUUGAUGUUGAUAUUCCGGAAGGCACUUGGGAAAAGGCUCCAGGCUUCCAUGAUAUACUCAUCUUUAACACAGGACACUGGUGGUGGGCUCCUUCAAAAUUUGACCCAAUCAAGUCACCCAUGCUUUUCUUUGAAAGGGGUCUGCCCUUGAUCCCUCCUAUUCCUCCCGAUGUUGGAUUUGAUAAGGUUUUGAAACACACGAUACGGUUUGUGGAGAAAACAAUGCGACCAAGUGCUAUUAAACUUUUUUGUACACGAUCACCCAGACAUUUUGAAGGAGGUGAUUGGGACCAGGGUGGUUCAUGUCAGCGGUUACAGCCUUCAUCACCAAAAGAAGUGGAAGAACUCUUCUCAUUGACGAAAAAUGGUAUGAAUAUGGAAGCACGCCUUGUGAAUCUACACCUGUACAAGUCUCUCAAGGGAUCAAAUUUCCACAUCUUAGAUAUUACCCACAUGAGCGAGUUCAGAGCAGAUGCCCAUCCUUCCACAACUGGAGGAAAGAAACAUGAUGAUUGCAUGCAUUGGUGCUUACCGGGAAUUACAGAUACAUGGAAUGACUUGUUUGUAACUCAUCUUAACAGUCUUAAAAUUAGAAACUGAUCUAUUAUUAUUAUUAAACUAACAUCUUACUUUAUAUAUAUUUAUCGAUAUUGAUUCCUUAUGCUUUUAAGAAGAAAUUUGUUAAUUUUUAAAGUCA